UGACAGCCUAAAGCCCACAGAAGGGAAGAACGUAGCUGGUUUGUAGGCAUGCAGCCCUCACGUUUAACUUGGACAUCGUAGCCUGCUCAUAAACCCCAAGUAACAGCAGUUUUGAAAGCCCUCUGCAGUAUUGAUUUAUAUUUUUUUGCAGCAUCAGCAUCACUUUAAAGAACAAGAGAUUUUGUAAUGCAGUUGUAAAUUAUUCCUCUGUGCAAUAAAACAUUUGUGAAUAUCCAGGAAUGAGGAUCCACCCAGGAACGAGGAUCCUUAGAGAUGGCAUUGACAUGUACCAGGCUUACUUUAAAACCCUUGUAUGAUCUGCAGGAAGGAGAAAAGGAAGGAUUUUCAGAGCCUGAUUUAGCCAAGUGCUUCAGUACAAUGCUUAUUUUUAAACAUAAUCCUGUCAUUGUCUGAACUCAUCGUGCUUCAAUCCCACCAAAUCUAUGGACUUGGUUGAGCGCUUGGAAUUUGAGCAGAUGCUGAAACACUUUGCUUACUGACAGCUGUGAAGUUUGGAGGACCUCAUCCAAGAAAAAUGGGGGUCAGGAAGGGAGAUGAGGUCACUCGAACUCCAAACUGAGCGAACAUGAGCGCGCUUGAUUUGACAUCCAUCCUUGAUUUCCUGGAAACAGCCAACCUGACGGAGAUCAACUGGACGUGCAGCAACGGCGACUGCAUCACGGUGGAUGCGACAACAUGCCCUGGCACGCUCAACAAAAGCGCCCUGCUCUACACCUUGUCCUUCUUCUACAUUUUCAUCUUUGUCAUAGGGCUGGUGGCCAACUCGGUUGUGGUGUGGGUCAACCUCCAAGCCAAAAUGACUGGCUAUGAAACCCACCUCUACAUCUUCAAUUUGGCCAUCGCCGAUCUGUGCGUCGUCAUCACCCUCCCUGUGUGGGUCGUCUCCCUUGUCCAGCAUAACCAGUGGCACAUGGGAGAAAUCACAUGCAAGAUAACUCACCUUAUAUUUUCCAUCAACUUGUACAGCAGCAUCUUCUUCCUGGCUUGCAUGAGUGUGGACCGCUACCUGUCUGUGGCCUAUUUCACCAACUCCAGCAAUCGCAAGAAGAAGAUAAUCCGUCGCUGCAUCUGCAUCCUGGUUUGGCUCCUGGCCUUCUCCGCAUCUCUCCCAGACACCUAUUACCUCAAGACGGUCUCUUCCAGCAAUGAAACCUACUGCCGUCCCGUCUAUCCGGAGGAGAGCUUCAAAGAGUGGCUGAUUGGCAUGGAGCUCAUCUCUGUCGUGCUGGGCUUUCUUAUCCCCUUUCCCAUCAUUGCUGUCUUUUAUUUCCUCCUUGCCAAGACCAUCUCUGCCUCCAGUGACCAAGAGCGGAAGAGCAACGGGAAGAUCAUCUUCUCCUACGUGGUGGUGUUUCUCGUCUGCUGGCUGCCCUACCACGUGGCUGUCCUGCUUGACAUCUUCUACAGCCUUCAUUUCAUCCCCUUCAGCUGUCACAUGGAGAACUUCCUGUAUGCCACUCUCCACAUCACUCAGUGUUUCUCUCUAGUCCAUUGCUGCGUCAACCCCAUCCUGUACAGCUUCAUCAACCGCAACUACCGAUACGAGCUCAUGAAAGCCUUUAUUUUCAAGUACUCUGCCAAAACAGGUCUCACUAAACUCAUCGACGCUUCCAGGGUGUCGGAAGCAGAAUACUCUGCUCUGGAGCAAAAUGCCAAAUGACUGCAACCCCAUGAAGAAACCUCCCUGACUCUCUGACCUGGUGUUUCCUUGUGUGUUGUGGUUUGUUGUUUAUUUUUUAACUCCCUCCUUUCCAUGUGCUUGUUAUGAACGGGGCAUGAAUUCCAGCCUACAAAAGAGAGAGCAAAGUGUAAUUUAAGAGUAGAAUCAGUUGCAAAGUGGAAGUGGUACCAAAAUUAAAACCUUUCCUCCUCCUAGCCCAGUCUGGACUUCUCAACAAUGCUAUGCAAAUGAAAAUGACUUCCUAGCAGACAAAGCCAUUGUGUACCACAAAUAACACAUAUUUCCAGGAUAAGCUUUUCCUUCCACAUGUAGAUUCCCUCUUGUCUCCUUGUGUGUGUUUUUAUAUAUAGUGUGUUGUAUUUAAAAGCUCGAGACUUUAUUUUCUGGCUCUUGGUGUACCUUAUACAAUUGUAUUUGAAAGUUAAAUAUAUUUUUAUCAUGUAUUUGAAGUAUAUUGCUGAUGAGCGUAUCCAGAGUGCUGUAGUCUGAGUGUUAGAUUGCCAUUUGGUUUCAAGAGGAUGCUGAUAACCAGAAUGGAAAUGGUCUCUUAGGUGCAUCCUCCCUGGCUGACACACUUUAUCGACCGUAGCUUUAUGUGGUGUCAUACCCACAUGUCUGGAGCAUGAAAUGUAUGUAGUGUAAUAUAGCUACCAUCAUGUUAAAAUUAACAGUAUUGUCAGAGUCAUUAACUCCUGUGCCCCUGCUUCACCAAGCUGUGUCCUUCUGCACAGAAUGAAUGAUCUUACUGCUGAGAGUUGUCUCUAUUUGUAAGUUAUUUUUUUAAAAUAAAGAUCUGCAAAAAAAAAAAAAAGUUAUGCCUGCCAGUGGUUUGACUUGCCAUGCUCCUCCUCCUCAGGAAAAAAAAAAACAAACCAAAAAGAAGAAAUCCCAAGGCCACCCUCUGUCCUUUGGUGCAGGAGCAGACAGCUCAGUCGGUGUUUUCCUGGUGUUUGUUGGCAGUGGCCAGAAACCACUGAUGGAGGGGUGUGAGACGGGCACCGGUGUGUGGUGACUGGGGAGGGGGUGGGAGGAGCAGAUCUGUGGAGGGCUGUGCUGUUGGGAAAGGUAAAACUGAUGGAUUUAUAAGGUGAAAACCGUUGGGAGUGAUGAAAAGCUGUGUUUUUCUAGCUUAGGAAUAAACAUGUGGAGGAAAACUACGCAAGUGUGCAGAUGGGACUAAUCCAGGUUCAGUGCUCUGUGGGUUUUGCUUGUGAUGGAAUUGGGGGGUUAGUGGUCCUGACAGCACUAAAUCCCUUUUUAUCUCCUCUUCCCUUUGUUAUGGUUUACAUGGGCAGGAUGCAGCCGCUGUGGGACCUGUGAAGUGGAGCUUUAGGCCAGCGAAGCACUCAAGUCGUGGCUGUCUCAGGACAAGGUAUUUAAUGUCAACUCGAUGAUGUCUCCCAGCCGUCGCUGGGGUGUGUGUUUUACAGCUCCAGCACAGCGCUAACUGUGAAGGCUGCACUUAAAUUCCUGUUAAAUCCAAGCAUACCCUCCUCUCUCUGCGAUCCCAACUGCCAAAAUAUCUCGACUGUGUUUUUGUUUCUUUCUCUGUGUUCCAUUACUGCCUUCUUGAAGGUCAGGCUGUAAAAAUAGACGUUUACCAGCGCUGCCAAAUCUGCCAUCCCCUCCUUGUGCUGGUGUUGCUAAGAAAGCACUGGUCCAUCUCCAGAUGGGGAGAAAUCCCAAAAGAGAGAGGAUUUCUGAUGGCAGAGAAGGGCAGCUGGCGUAGCUGUGACAACGGAAUGCUAAUGUAACUUUCUGUGCCGAUGCUUCUUAUAAGCAGUGGAUUUUUUGAGCUUCCUGUGAGCCUUUCUUGAGGUACUGCUGAACUGCAAGGAAAGUGCUCCCUCAUGCUGACAGAUAAAAUUGGUUAAUGCUGAGAAAUUAAUUUCCUGCUUUAGCUGGGCAUUGUUUCCCAUGCCUCAGCAUCGCUCUGUGUUCUCUCCAAAGGUGCUGGAUACGGCUCUGGCACCCCCUUCCCAUCCACCUAUGGGUCUUGCUCAGUUUGGAGCAGCAGAACUGUUUCAGAUCAGGUUCCCUCUCAGACACUGUGUUGUUUUCACGUGGUGCUGUAGCUGGUUUGGAUUGGCAGAAACUCAUGGUUAUUUUUUUUCUCUCUGCAGUUUGGUAUUCACAGCACAGUGUCAGCCCUGGAGAUACCCUGGGUGGUGCUGAGUGCUGGGGAGAUCCUGCAGACCUGCUGCAGAGACCAGACUGAUAAAGUCUCCAGGCCUCUUGGUGAGGUGGAUCGUGGUGGGACAGUGCCUUUUUGCAAAAGCAGGGUCAGACAGAGAGCAGGAAGCUUUCCUCAUGGCUUCGUGUGAUGCAAUACCCCAGAUGGUGUUUGUACUGAGACCAAAAAAGUGAAUAUGCACCCCUUGGAGUCUGAUAUGAGGGAAUUUGUCAGUGGAUAACAGCUAAAGUUGUGCAUUAGAGGAAGACACUAGGAGAGAAUGAUUACAGACAAGACUCUGAGGUAACCCAUCAUCCCAUGCCUUGUAGGAGAAAGAUGGAGACAAGUGAUGUGGGAAGAACAAAGCUGUUGACUGUUUCCACGACCUGUGAUUCACAGGUAAAGAGGGUUUUUUUCCCCCUUUGCUGUGCUAAGAUGUAAGUUAAGAUGCCAUCUUAAUCAGAAACGCAUCCAGUUCUGAUUUUGAGUCAGCUGAGGUGUUGUUGGGGCUUUUUCGUAGCGUGCAACCUCUCUGUUUGCUCUUGUUGUUCAUUUGCAAGGGCUGAAGAUGGGAGCUUGGAUUUGGGAGAGCUGAGAAGCCUAUGUUGAACUGAAAGGCUGUUUUUAGCAGCAGCAUCUGCUUGAUGACCAGCACUGUAUUGAUCAGGAUAGAUAAAACUCACCCAAGGUGUUUUGCUUGACUGUACUCUUUCUCUGCCUCCUGGGGUCUUCUUGACCUCCUCCUGCAAACCUGGAGCUGGGAAACUUGUGUUUCCACCAGUUCCAGGAGCCUUAUCUCUGCUUUGCAGCCGGGAGCAGGACCCUGUCCUAUCUGUGGUGCUGCAGGCACGGCUCCACACGAGCCGGCACCUGAAAUCCCAACAGGCAGCACCAAGUUCUCUGCUCAUCUUUGCCAUGUCCCUUCCUGUUGAGGAUCAUUUCUCUGGGCCCCCUGAUGAACGUGACGAGGGAUGACACUUUGUAAAAGCCAUUUUGUAGCUGGUCAGAAUGGCCCUGGGAUGGAGGUCUCCACAGCUGAGGAUGGGAAUGCUGUGAGCCUGGAAGGCAAUUUUUCCAACAAGUUGAUUUAUGGAAUUGGCUGGCAAAGCCUUGAAUACAUUGAGAAAUAGAACUUCUACAAUGGACCAACACAUCCUUAAGGAAUGAAUGGUUCCCCUUUAAUCUGGGAGCUGUGCUCCUGGCUGCUCCGAGCACCUUGGGAACGGAGGAGGAUUAGGACCAGGCUGUGAACUGUGGUGUUUGUCUCACUGUGUAAACCUGUACUGUAAAAACUUGUCCAGAGGCUGGACUGAAUUGGCUGUGAAGCCACCAGCCCUGGCUGCUCCUGCCACCAGCUCUGCCCGGCCACAGCACUCUCACCAGCUCACCCAGCAGAGGGGAUCGAAGGGACCCAACGCCAAAACCCGGGAGAGUUCUUCACUGGGACCUGCCCUGGAGUAAUUUAUUUGGCCUGAAAAAGAAGGCUUCAGGGUGACCUAAUUGUGGCCUUCCAGGACCUGAAAGAUGGAGAGAGACUAUUUACAAGGCCCUGGAGUGACAGGACAAGGGGGAAUGACUUCAAGCUGAAGAAGGGUCAGGGAGAAAAGUCCAAGUUUUUACACUGACUGGAAGUUCUCGUGAAAUGCUGAGUCGGAAACAUGGGAGAGACCUGACCCAAGUGGACCAUUUAUUCUAAAUGGCAGAGAGGGAGAAAAAGGCAAGCAGAAUUCCCAAACCAUAUGGAGGAGCCACUGCAUGAAUCCAGAGGGGGAAGCGGUCCUGGUCGCUGAGGCUCUGCACCCCGUGGCAGAGGGAGCUCUCGGCAGAUCGAGAGGUUUAGUAAGCUGAGCAAUUGUUGUUCAUGGGAAGAAGCACUUCAAGAGAGCCUCUUGUCUACAGCCCCCUGGAGAAGACUUAAUUUGUCUAUCACACAUGCAGAUGCCAGGACCUAGGAGAGGAGUAACUGUUGGAUUCCUUGUUCCCUCCUUGGCCCAGGAGCCUGUGCAAGACCAGCUGUGUGGUGAUCCUCAGACCCACCUUAUUCCAGGAAUUAUGAGAAAAGUGUGGCUAAAGUCUGGAAAUGUUUCUUGACUUUGUUUUAAGAAGUACUUCCCCUCCAGAGAUGGAGACUCCACCACCUCCCUGGGCAGCCCCUUCCAGUGCUUGACAAUCCUUUCCAUGAAGAAAUUCUUCCUGAUGUCCAACCUGAACCUCCCCUGGCACAGCCUGAGGCCGUUUCAUCGUGUUCUGUUGCUGGCUGCCUGGGAGAAGAGGCCGACCCUCACCUUGCUGCGAUCCUCCAUCUCUUCUGGGCCAGGAUCCUUGUGUGGGAUGCAGGGGUUCUUCACCCCGUGCAGGACAAGAAGUGUCCCUUCCUUGGAGUCCCCAGGGAUGUGCACAGAGGGUCCCAUGUCCCGACUGCUUCCCCGUUCCCUCGCCUGCAUCCCCACACGGCUGGAUGGAGAACCCAGCUGCUGGCAGGCCGUGCCGGGGGAACAAAGAGCCCUUUGGGACGGGGACUUUGAGUAAUGGAGAGCAAAGCCCAGCAGCUCUUGGCAGGCGUCGGAGCCGUGAAAUCCGAUUUGCGCCCCUCUGCCGGCAGGCCCCGGGAGGGGACCCCGGCGGGCACGCUGGGGCGGCACGGAAGGACAGGUGGCCGCGGGCUGGGAAGAAGGACCGUAACGAGACGCCGUGGACACAGGAUCUUCUUUGUAAGGAUGUUACUGAAGUAGAAGAGCGGCUGCGGGAGAGGUCUCAGCACAGCUGCCUGAACUCCUUCACCUCCUGGAGAUCAAAGCCCGCCUCCUAAUUGGGGCUUUUAUUGCACUCCCCCAACCGCUCGCCCAGUGUCCCGGUGGCUUUGGUGGGGAACAGGUGUUCUUUAACACGCGUGCGAUUACGGGACAUGAGCAGAUUUACCAGCGAGCCCCGCAGUGCCUCCUGCUCCCUCAGGAGGGAUGCUGAGCCAGGCAGGAGGGUUCUGCAGGAGCAUCUCCCUCCCUGGCACAGGAAGCUCACCCCACCUCGCUUGCCGUGGGGCAGCUCAGGGCAGAGAUGUGGCCCUAGCCAGCCCCAGCACAAACUGGGAGGCCAAAGGAGGAAGCCCCUGGCCUUACUCCCAGCGUGCAUCCCAUCCUGUUGAUAAGGGCCUCGACUGGAGAGGGGCUCCUACACAGCGAUGCUCCAUCCCUCAAAUGCCCCAGCUGGAGCAGUGAUCAUUCACUCUAUCCCCCAAAUGCUCCCUACUGCACUAGGAAAACUCCAGUUCAUACUCUCCAACACCCAUGUUGGACCAGGGACCUGCCUGCCCCAUCCCCCAAAUGCCCUGGCUGGACCAGACCUCCACACUAUCCCUCAAACAUCCCGAGAUUCACCUGGGAUCCUCCCACUCCAUCCCCACCAAUAUUCCCUGCUGGAUGCUUGAUCUCCCAAACACCUUACAAUGGACCAGGAAUCCCCACCCUCUCUGUAUCCCCCCAGAUUUGGUGGAUUUCAAGGAUUUUCAAGCAAAAGAGCAGCGUGGUGAGGAUGCAGCCAAGAGAAGAGCUGAUACAUUGCCCAAAACUACCAAAGGUCUUUGCCAUAGAGGAUUAAAAUAUGUGGAAAGCAAGAACUGCUGGCCCAGGAGCCAGGGAGGGGACAGAAACUUGGCUGAGGAUCCUGGAGAACAAAGCAAAACCAGGAAAAUGCACAGACAAGCCUAGAGAGUCAUAAAAACAAAGCUUAGGUUAAAUACACACUGAGUCUCUUAUCCCCUUGGCAGGUUAAGAAAGGGCAGCCUUUGCCUCCAGAUCCACUGGCAGAAACCAUCACUCCUGCUUACUCCUGGGGAAGACAAGAGGAAGGGCAAAAAAGGUGUUCAGGGUGGACAGAAAGCAGCUCAGAGACCCCCAAAUCUCAGCUCAGAAGAUUUGCUCUGGAGCAGCAGCAGAAAGACACAGAGUGCCAUGGACAAGGACAGGUGGGUGGACAGUCCUCAGCCCCUCAUGCCACUCUGGUCACUUCGUGGGCUCCUACACAUCCUGCAAACUCCUCAGCCCCCCUGAGUCAGGGAUUUUUCCUUUAAUUCAUAGAAUCCCAGAACGGUUUGGGUUGGAAGGGACCUUAAAGCCCAUCCAGUGCCACCCCCUGCCAUGGGCAGGGACACCUCCCACUAGCCCAGGUUGUUCCAAGCCCUAUCCAACCUGGCCUUGGACACUUCCAGAGAAGGGGCAGCCACAGCUUCUCCGGGCAGCCUGUGCCAGUUAAUUGCAGCAAAGUGCUGUACUAUAAACCUGGAUAACUGAGAACUCAGCGGGGAGCUGAUGAAACAAGAAUGAGGAAAGCAAAAAAUGUAAUAUCCCAAAUAUCCCAGAGAGCUUCUUGUUUAUUGCAGUUUAAACCGACGCCCCUAUGAAAAUGCAAUAGAUUAAAAAAACUUGUUUGGGGAACAGGCAAUGAUCAUUUCCCUGUGGCCGCUCGCUGUUUCCUUUCAUGGACACAGCUCCUAAAAACCGAGGCGUUUUUCCCCUUUGAUGUCAUGGAAGGAAAUAACGUAUUUGGAUCCAGCCUUUGCUCAGAGCAGCCCAGACAAUAUCAAUCAGGGCGCUGGGGGGAUGGGAAGGAUGUAGAGAGGUUCAACCUGACCCUUUAGCACCGUUUUCUUUAACUUGCACAUUAAAUUAACUGUCCUAUUGUUCUAUAUCGCUCCAUUGCAUCUUAAUUUCCCCAUCAUGAUUCUUUUGUUCCACCACAAAGCUUUUGAAGCAGAUAAGAAAGGGAAACCACUUGCAAUCAUCUUUCCAGAGGGCACCUCCAGAUCGCAGACAGCACAUGGAAAUGACUGGGAAAAUAAAGCCCUGUCACGAAA